AAUAUACGAAAGAUAUCACAUGAGAGUGAAUUAGUCGUUCGUGAGGUUGGCGGCUGUGAACAAGAAUACAAGAAUAAUUUUGGAUCUGGUAGGGCUUUUUUUGCACCAAUCGCCGGAUAUGAGACUGUUCUAAUAAAAAAAUAAUUUUAAAACAAGCUUUCAACAUGGAUCCAACCAUCCCCUGUAAGAUAUGUUCAGAUAAAUCGGCUGGUGUCCACUAUGGGGUCGCUUCGUGCGAAGCUUGCAAGAGUUUCUUUAAACGGUGUAACCAGAAACCUCCUGAAGGCAACAAGUGCCGUAAACCUGGAUAUUGCACAAUUGUUCCAGCUCGUCGAAAUAAUUGUGCUGAAUGUAGAUAUAUAAAAUGUCUUGCCGUUGGUAUGUCAAUAAACAAUAUUAAAACUGGACGAUACUCGGCUAAACAAUUGGAGGAAAGCAGAAGAGAAGUUGAGAAAUUGCAAAGACAGAGAGAAUUAGAGAAAAAUGGAUUUUAUGCUAAUCACACGCUAAAAAACGAAGAUAUAGAAAAAAUUGUUAAAACUUUAGUGGAAAAAAGAUCUGUAAUCAAAAAAACCUUUAAUCCACAACUUGAAAGAUUUGCAAUACCAUUCAAAGUCAACAGGCAAAACCAUCAUAGACCUAUGAGGGAGCGUCUUACAGCUUCUUGGAAGUUUAGAAAACCAGAAGUUUUCAAAACUAUUGUAUUCCAAGUAACACAAGAUAUACCUGGAUUUUCAUCUUUAACGCAAGAGGAUCAGAAUGAACUUAUUAAGGUCAACAGGGUAGACUUUCGUAUGAUUUACAGCCUAGUAAAAGUUGAAGAUAGUGGAAAAUAUCUCUUAUUUAACGAUAAGAUUGUAUGCGCUGUAGAGGAUGUUAGAAAAACUGAACAUUUAAGUGAAGAAGUAGUUGAAAGAAUUAGAAACGUUAGGAAAAAACUCGACGCAUUACAACUUACUGAUGAGGAAAGAGUUGUGCUCAGUGGUCUCACAUUAACCCAUACAGACCGUUCAAUGAAAGUUGAAGAUAGAGUAAGCAUCGAAAAGAUACAAAACACAUUGUUACAAUGUCUAGAAUAUUGUGUGGGGAAACAGUAUGACAGUACACAGAAAGGUAAAAGAGUAGCGAAAUUAUUAACUGUUUUAGCAGACUUGAGAACUUGUUCGGAUGAUCUCAUUCAAUCAAAACAUAAUCUACUCUUCAAAUAUCCAGAUGUAGAUUUUCCUCCUAGUAUACGGGAAAUGUGGUAUAGUGAUCUGCAGGAAGCAUAUGAUAUGGACAAGAUAAGAUCUGAAUUACAAAAUAUAGAUUUAGACUUUGUAUCCGAAAAUUCAUCACCAGAAAUGAGCACCGCAAGUGAUUUGAUAGAUCUAGGACCAGACCUUGAAACUUUUCUUUUUGAUACUACUAUUUUCCCAGAUGAUAUAGAUACUGUGUUUAAAUAA